UCUAAAAACUUCGAAAUGGCGCAGAGCGACUUUGAUCCAUAUGAAAAUCGAAAUGUGGAAGCACCAUUAUCCAAUUGCGAUGCUUUAACCUCGCUGAUGAAGGGCGUCAUUGGCACUGGGAUUUUAGCCUUGCCCCUCGCCUUUCACUACGCUGGUUUUAUUGCUGGCUCCAUUCUGACUGCCUUUUGCACCGCCCUACUUGUUUAUGGAAUGCAACUACUAGUAGGCAAAAUUAUGUGUAUGGUCGAGAGCAGUCGCCGCAAUAGUGUUGGUUAUAUGACAUUUCCCGAGACAGUAGAGUAUUCCUUCAGUGUGGGGCCGAAGUGUUGUCGCUAUAUAUCCAAAGUUGUCGGUUUUUUUAUAGAUGGUAUUCUGGCAUUGUCACACUAUGGUGUUUGUGUAGUGUACAUCGUGUUUGUGGCCUUAAAUAUCAAGCAACUUUUAGACCAAGUGUGGCCUAAUGUAGGUGUUUGGAUUUAUUGUGCAGCGGUGGGGCUUUUAUUAAUACCACUGUUCCUCUUGCGUCAGCUGAAGUAUCUGGUACCUACAAAUAUACUUGCGAAUAUUCUGCUCUAUGUGGGAUUCGCGUGUAUCUUGUAUUACUUUUGUAUAGGCUUACCCCCCUUGGGUGAACGAGAACUGUUUAAAUAUGACCUGGCCCUAUUUUUUGGCAUUGUACUUUUUGCUGUUUCUUCGGUGGGUGUGAUGUUGGCUAUAGAGCAAAAAAUGGCUAAGCCCGCCCAGUAUUUGGGCUGGUGCGGUGUUUUAGCCCGCGCCGGUAUCCUUAUAACUGUCACAUGUGUUCUUUUUGGAUUUUUUGGCUACUGGCGCUAUGGUGAUCAGGUCGAAGGUAGUGUCACUUUAAAUGUGCCAACCGAGGAAGUCCUUGCGAAGGUCAUCAAGGUAUUUAUUUCAGUUGCUGUUUUUCUAACAUAUCCUUUGAGCGGCUAUGUUCCCAUCGACAUUAUCAUGAACCAUUAUCUGAAAAAGUAUCGCGAACUGAAGCAUCCCCAUAUGAUUGAGUACAUAAUCCGCACUGCUUUCGUAAUUGUAUGCACAUUGAAUGCCAUUGCUUUUCCAAAUUUGGGUCCACUCUUGGCGUUGGUUGGUGCCUUUUCUAUAUCCAUACUUAAUAUAAUUGCCCCGUGCUGCAUUGAGCUAUGCCUGUUCUAUCACGAUACCUAUGGGAAGUUGAAAUGGAAGCUUUGGAAGAAUAUAGUCAUUAUUUUAUUUGGCACCCUUGUUUUUGUAUACGGAAGCUAUCGCGCAGUCGUUGAUAUAAUCAGAGAGUAUGGUGGCAAGAAAGCUUCUACAAAAGCAAAAGUCGAAACUCCAGAAGUAAAUAUGCUGUCUAGUACCACACGCCCAGUUGAUCAAGGAUACUUUUAAUCGGACUUAAU